UAAACAUGCAUAUUUUAUCCACACUACCAAACAACACUCAUUUCCUGCUACUAAAAUCACAACAAUGGAGGAAACAAGAAGAAGAAAAGGAGGAAGCAGCAGCAGUAGCAGCAGCAGCAGCAGCAUCCCUGAAGUGCUUCUCAUCUCCUCUUCUCGCUCGGCGAAGCCGAUGCCGCUCAUCGGGCUCGGCACCGCUGCGUACCCGUUCGUGGCGUCGGCCACGAUGCGCGCAGCCAUGCUGCGCGCCGUUGAGCUCGGCUACCGCCACUUCGAUGCCGCAGCGCUCUACCGCUCCGAGCAGCCCCUCGGGGAGGCCGUCGCCGAGGCCGUGUCGUCCGGCCUUGUCGCCUCCCGCGCCGACCUCUUCGUCACCUCCAAGCUGUGGUGCUGCGACGCCUGCCCCGGCCGCGUCCUCCCCGCCCUCCGAACUACCCUCGCGAACCUUCAGAUGGAGUAUGUGGAUCUCUAUUUAAUACACUGGCCGGUGAGCACGAAGCAGGGGAGGUACGAGCUGCCGUUUCCGAAGGAGGAGCUCCUACCGUCGUUCGACAUGAAGGGGGUAUGGGCGGAGAUGGAGGAGUGUUACAGGCUCGGGCUGGCGAAGGCGAUCGGCGUCAGCAAUUUCUCCUGCAAGAAGAUGCAGGACUUGCUCUCGUUUGCGGAAGUACUCCCCGCCGUCAACCAGGUUGAAGUGAACCCUCUGUGGCAGCAGAAGAAGCUGAGGGAGUACUGUGCAAGCAAGGGGGUUCAACUGUGUGCUUACUCACCUUUGGGAGCAAGAGGGACUCUUUGGGGUAAGGAUUGGGUUAUGGAGUGUGAGACCCUCAGGGAGAUUGCUCAAGCCAAGGGGAAAACUCUAGCUCAGAUCUGCAUAAGGUGGGUGUAUGAGCAAGGGGACUGUGUUUUGGUGAAGAGCUUCAACCCAGAGAGGCUCGAGGAGAACCUGGACAUAUUGGAUUGGGAGCUGAGUGAAGAGGAGAGGCAAAGGAUCAGUGAGAUCCCCCAGAGAAAAGGGUUCCCUGGAUUGGAGUUCAUCUCACCUCACCAUGGCCCCUACAAAUCCCUUGAGGAGCUAUGGGAUGGUGAAAUCUAGUGAAACAAUUAAUGUGAUCACAAACUUUUUUUUUUUUUUUUUUUUGAGAGA